AUGGCACCUACCAGAGCUGCUGCGGCUAUGGCAAAGGAGAAAUUGUCCGAAAAGCACAAUUCUCUUGAUAAGAUAGCAAAAUCCGUCAUCAAAGGCCCAGGAAAACGUCGCGGAGCUGCGAUCCCGCCGACGAGUAGCAACUCCGUCAAGGGAAAGACGGACAAGCCAAGGCGUUCGCAGAGAAAGAAGACGAACACAAACAAGGAUCAGAAAACCACACGCGAGACACAAGAACGCAAGAGCAAGGCAAAACCCGCGAUCAAAACCGCAAAGGGCCAGAAGCGCAAGGCGACUGAACCAGAGGAGCCACAACAUCCGAAGCGACCAAAGCUUGCCAAAGGCCGCAUCAUCGCCAAAGGCCGCAUCAUCAACCAAGUUCCCACCCAGAAGCUCAACGUCUACGUCUGUGGAGAAGUCAGCGGAGGCGAGCUCGGCCUCGGCCCGCAAGUCAAAAAGGUGAAGCGACCACGACUUAACCCAAAUCUCCUUCCCGAUCCCGUGGGGGUUGUCCAGGUCGCUGCUGGAGGCAUGCAUGCUCUUGCUCUCACGCACGACAAUCGAAUUCUGUCAUGGGGUGUGAACGACAAUGGUGCCCUUGGACGUGACACUACGUGGGAGGGCCAGCUCGUUGAUAUCGACGAUGCCGAUAGUGAUAGCGACGCUGGGAUGAAUCCGCUGGAGUCUACACCGACAGCCAUUUCCAAAGAUCACUUUCCCCCGAACACUACAUUCACCCAAGUUGCGGCGGGUGACAGUUCAAGCUUUGCCCUUACUGACGACGGGCGUGUUUAUGGAUGGGGUUCCUUCAGAAGCAAUGAAGGAGCCGCUGGCUUCACGAUCUCCAAGCAGGGCAAUGUCAUCGAAAAACAACCGACGCCGAUUCUGCUUCCCACACUCAAGGGAAUCGUCCAGAUUGCCUGCGGCGCAGAUCAUGUCCUUGCUUUAGAUCAAUCUGGUCGAGUGCAUGCUUGGGGCAAUGGUCAGCAAAAACAACUCGGUCGCCGUAUAAGCGAACGUACAACAACCCAGACUCUCGUUGCCAGCCAGGUAUCAAUACCCAGAAAGAAGAUCGUGGCCGUUGGCUGCGGCGCAUAUCAUUCCUUUGCCAUCGAUAAAGAUGGUGGGCUGUGGGCUUGGGGUCUGAACAGCUACGGAGAGACAGGCAUCCCUAUAGCGGAGGAUGAGGCGAUUAGCCAUUUCGUUACUCUACCGCAGAAGGUGGAGAACAUGAAAGGCAAGAAAUUGACGGCCGUGGACGGCGGAUCCCACCAUUCGGUUGGCGUAACAACAGGCAGUGAGUGUUUGGUUUGGGGGCGCCUGGAUGGCGGGCAGUGCGGUAUCGACGUGCAGAGUCUUUCGGAAGACAGGGUGAUUAAGGAUGUCCGGGGCAAUCCUCGGAUUCUCGCUAUACCCACCGUUGUUCCUCAUAUUCAGACGGCAGCUGUUGCAGCAGGAAGCGACCACACAAUUGCUGUGACGAACGACGGGCGUGCAUAUUCAUGGGGGUUCAACGCUACCUUCCAGCUUGGACAAGGAGGGAAUGAUGACGAUCCAGAAGAUAUCAGCGUCGCGACGCUGAUUGAUAACACUGCGCUGAGAAGUGCCAGAGUGAAUUGGGCCGGUGCAGGGGGACAGUAUUCGAUCCUUACCGCUCCUGCUGAGAGCCUGGUCAAUGAUGAAUAA